CUAAUUCGAACUGAGUUCUGAGUCGCUCGCGAUACGAGAACUUAAAGCGGUCAAGACUUUACUCGUGUACGCAUAGGCGGGGAUGUUAGCGGUGGGGCUGCCGCCUCAUGGCACCUCAUUUGACUGCGCAUGAGCGACAUAGGAACGAGCAAAGCCAGUGAGAUAACUCUAUAGCCACUGAGGGGCGUCAGGCCGCAGGCUGUGUGUAGUGGAUCGCGGGCUGUAGUUGCGGUGUAACGGUCGUAGUCGUGGGGUCCGUCUAGGAAUGGGAUUGACUCUUCCGUCCGCCAGAAGUAACUUCGACGUUUUCGCAAGUUUCGUUAUCCUACCUCUCCCAGCAGUUGCCUCAUCGGCUUAUCCAGGAGCAUUGAGAAAAGGGGGAGCGUUGACGAAGGCGUUGAAGGGCAGAGGAUUGGAAAGGGGGGCGCGAAGGGGCACGAUGCGAGAGCGGCCAGCGAUGGAGAGACGACGGGCGGUGGGGCGGCAGCCGUCGUUGCGCCUCUGCAUGCGCCUGGCGUUCGCUCUCUUUCUCCUCGCAGCACACGCUGAACGCGGUUUAGCGGCGGCUUCUAAUUCAACGAGCGGCGGCAAGAGCGACGGAAAGAGCGGCGGAAAUGGUGGCGGAAAGGGCGGCGGACAGAGCGGUGGAAAGGCGGGCGGUGCGAAAAAGGGCUCAACGCAUGGUGCCAAGGCGAGCGCGAAUGAGGCCGGUAAACCAGCCGGUGACGGCAUCGCGCGGCUCGUUCUGCUGCGCAACAACUCGUUCGGCGCGAAAUGCCUCGACGGCAGCCCGCCUGGCUAUUAUCGCCGCGUGGGCUACGGCGGCGGAACCAACUCGUGGCACAUCCACUUCCCUGGUGGCGGGUGGUGUGCGACGCGCGACGAGUGCGCGGAACGUGCGACGACGUUCCUCGGGUCGACGAAAUACAUGCCGCAAUCGUCCCAGGGGUCAUGGGUGGGCGGGCAGAUGACAGGAAUUCUCUCCCCCCGGCAUCCGGAGAACAAGCUCUUUUACAACUGGAAUCUCGCGCUGCUCGCCUACUGCGACGGAGGCGGCUACGCGGGCAGCGCGGGGAAGGUCGCUGUGAAGAGCAGCGGGAAAUCGGCGGUGUUCAUGCAGGGCGAUGCGAUCGUUAAAGCCGUGCUGCAGGACCUGAACCGAACGAAGGGCGGCCUGGGGUCAGCCGCGCGCAUUCUCGUCUCGGGCUGCUCCGCUGGCGGCUUCCCUGUGACGCGCCUGUGUGACUCCGUGGCGGCCGCCCACCCCAAGGCCAACGUCAAGUGCAUGAUUGACGGUGGCUUCUUCUUGGAUGCCAAGGACCGGCUAGACGGGUUCACCUUCAGAUCAAUCAUUCAGAAUGUUUCGUCCCUGCACAGAUUCACUGACAGCAAGUGCAGCCAAGGUAUGGAAGCGUGGAAGUGCAUGCUUCCUGAAUACUCCUUAAAGACAGUCUCAAGACCCGUCUUCAUCACUAAUGCACUGUUCGACUAUACAGCUCUCAAACUGUACAACCAGCUGCGAGACACCACGUAUCAAGUCAACAACAGGUGCUUACGGCAAAUAAUUUGGAGCCAAGGAAGCCUGCAGAAGGCUGUGACGUCCAACCAAUGGAAGCCCUUCAAUCCCAAGCCCGGAGAGUGUGAUGCGACGUCCCGCAGUAUAAUACAAGCCACAGUCACUGAUCUUUUCAAUAGGAUGAAAAGCAGUGUGGAGGGAGAGAAGAACUUAGUUGGCUUUCUGGCAUCGGAUUGUGUGGGUCAUUGCGUGGCCACUACAUCUCAGUGGUUCAGCCCGCCCAGGAACAACACAUACAUGAAAGAUGCUGUUGUAAACUGGUUCAAGGGCAAGCUAUUAGGUGGAAAGUUGUACUUUUGAUAUGGUGUAUACCUCUUGUUGCAAGCCUUAUUGU